GCAUUAGAAGAAGAAGGCCUACGUAGUUGUCGUGCGACGCCAACAAAGAAGGAACAAUUCGUAUGUAGUCAGUCUGCUUCUCCACCAUGUCUGUGAAAUUGAAUGCUUUAAAUAGCGAUUCUUACACCGAUGUAGGCUCAUACAGAGACCAGCAUUUUAAGGGUAAGUGUCAUAUACAAGAGAAUCUGCUGAAAGCAAGCCACACGCUCUACGUGGGCAACCUCUCCUUCUACACCACAGAGGAGCAGGUUCACGAGCUCUUUUCUAAAAGUGGGGACGUCAAGCGCAUCAUCAUUGGUCUGGACAAAGUCAAGAAGACGGCCUGUGGCUUCUGCUUUGUCGAAUACUAUACGAGGGCAGAUGCGGAACAUGCUAUGCGCUUUAUAAAUGGCACACGCCUGGAUGACCGCAUGAUCAGGACAGACUGGGACACCGGCUUUAAGGAGGGAAGACAAUAUGGUCGCGGCAAGUCUGGAGGACAGGUGAGGGAUGAGUACAGGCAGGACUACGACCCGGCCAGAGGCGGUUAUGGAAAGUUGGCUCAGCAGCAAAGAGGGCCGCAGUAAUCCGUCUUGGGUUAGGGUUAGGGUGAUCCACCCCCUCCUCCAGUCAUUAUUUUUGAUGGAUCAGACUCGUUCUAUUUAAGUGCAGGAGGAAUAGCGUGCCAAUUAGAUGUUUUUCCACACCCAAAAUUUACCCGAAUGGAGGUGUUGUGUACACUAUAUAUAUUUUUUUUUUUAUAAAGCUCUAUCUUUCAA